ACCACAUCAUCAAAAUGGCUGAUACCGCUGUCGCUGCUCCCGUCGCUGCCCCAACACCCGCCAAGGUGAAGAAGGCUGCCAAGCCCAAGAAGCCCGCAAGUCAUCCCAAGUACAGCGAGAUGAUUGCCGCCGCACUUGGUGCCCUGAAAGAGAGGUCUGGCUCCUCAAGACAGGCUAUCCUGAAGUACAUCCAGGCCAACUACAAGGUCGGGGAUAACGUCAGUGCCGUCAACGCCCACCUGAAACUGGCCCUCAAGGCUGGCGUCAAGAGUGGAGCCGUUAAGCAGUCCAAGGGCACCGGUGCCUCUGGAUCCUUCAAGCUUGGAGAGGUGAAGAAGGCCGCAAAGAAGGCUGCCAAGCCUAAGGCUGCCAAGCCCAAGAAGGCAAAGGCCCCUAAGAAGGCCAAGACACCCAAGAAGGCGGGCGCCAAGAAGCCUGCAGCCAAGAAAACCGCUGCCAAGAAGGCCCCAGCCAAGCCAAAGAAGGCCAAGACACCAAAGAAGGCUGCCGCUGCUAAGCCAAAGAAGGCUGCUGCCAAGCCUAAGAAGGCUGCUUCUAAGUCACCAAAGAAGCCCAAGGCACCCAAGAAGGCAAAGACACCAAAGAAGGCGUAAAAGUAAAAGGCUUCCCAAGUGUCUCACAGACUUCAACUCAAAGGUCCUUUUCAGGACCAUUCAUCCUAUUU